AAAAAAUCCUCUUUGUUUUCUGAUAGAUAAUGUUCUCAAUAUUAAAGAAACAGAACGUGAAAAAGGAAAAGGAAGACAGAUUACUUUCAUGUCUGUCAACAUUAUGGUGUUUAUCGAACUCGGGCUGAUCUCUCCUGUAAACGGGCUCCGGUAGCCGAACGUGGCCACGAACGUUUGGGAUCGUGUUCAUCGGUCCACGGAAGCUUUACUGAGACGGUUACACUGACACCAGUCAUGCUUCACAUUGCUUUCAUGUUAAAGAAGACUCUUUUGUUUGCUUUUUUUUUUUUAUCCUGAAAUAAAGGAACCGUCCUGUCAGUAUUUUGAACGUGAAGCUGGGAAAUCGCAUCAUCAUUCUAACCUGCAGACUGAUAAAUAUGGAAGAGGUGAAGAUGUGUUUUAAAUCUUUGUCUUUUUGUGUUGCCAAUGGAUACAUCGAAAGACAGAGCUCAUUAAAAUCGACUUAAAUGCGGGACAUUGCGGCUGAGGAGGGAAGAGCUUUUUGGAGCCAAAGGAGCCAAUCAGAUGGCUUCAAACAGUAAGCAAAGUAUUCCCAUUUAAUGUUUGUAUUUUCUCAAUAUGAGCAUUGACCAUAUAUGUGUGUAUGACUGUAAAAAAAUAUAGAUAUAUUGAUAUGAAAACCAGAACUAUUUCUGCAAUUUAUAUGUUACAACAUUUUGGGAUAUUUAAACGCAUAUAUAUCCCAGUUGGUUGUAAAUUGGUGAAUGUGUUUUCCUUCUGUAAGGGUCUUACUGGGAAGUUUGCAACUGAAUCAUUCUGACAACAAUGCAAAGCUGAAUAAACGAUAAGAUCACGCCAAACAGACUCUGCAGCAGGUACGCAGACGGACGGCAGAACACAAAGAUGGAUGAAAGAAAACAAGUGCAAAAUGAACUUCUUGGAUGAAUUUUCUAUCUAGUUUCCUGGAAUCUUGACCAGAGACGAGACUCAUGUCAUGCCACCGGUACAGCACCUUGAGGUGGGGCGGCCUCUUAUCUAAAGGAACAAACUUGAUCACAGUUUUAACCCAAUGUCAAGAGGCGAAUAUGAUACGGUUGAGAGAGUUUCAUGAAUUUGAUGCAUAUUUUCAUCUGUAAAGCAUAGAAGUGAGACUGUCACUUGUUUACUCGAACCACCAGCCUUCCUUUUUAGUGAAUCUGAAUUUGUUGGUGUACCUUUCCAUGUUUAUAAAAAGAAAGAAAAAGACACAAGACAUCUUCAGCUCUUUGUCACAAACUCCAAAUGGGGAGAUUAUCUCUCGCAGAUAGAAAUUCUACAUUUGUAAGAUUUCAAAUGUAAUCUCUGCAGGAUCCUUGUUGUCUUCUUCAGUCAAAGCCAACAGUGGUGUUUUCUGCUGCAGGUGUCACCCCUGCAGGUUAAGGCAGCUCUGCGGUUCCCUUGAACCUCGCUGGAGAUAAGGGUGGCUGGAAACAGUCAGGAAUGUUGAUAAAGUACGUGAAGCUCAGGCUGAGCCCGGUUGGCUCUGACUCCUGUCCUCUGGGAAGGUGGGGUUGGAGAAGAGGGGUCUUCUCUUUCACCUGAAGACACGUUAAGGAGAGGAGAGGAAAAGCCACCUUGCUUGCUGUUCUUGUCGAGACAGGAGCAUUCUCACAUAAUUAGCAGGUGUUUUUUUUUUUUUUUUUUUUUUUUUUUUUUUUGCUCCCCGCUGCGCCGCGCCGGCCCAUACGCUCACCGACGCUCCUGCCUGCUCAACAUGAACCUGCUCUGCAUGACUUUUCUGACUCUCAUGAAGCUCAACCAGAGUCCUGCGGGGGCUUCACCCCUCCACAUCCCCGCCGCUCCUCCGCAACCUCCAGCUGGACCGUCUGAGGCUGACCAGAAGUUUGCAGAGGAAUAUCUGCACCACUUCUAUGGUUACCAGCCCGAGCCAGACAGACGAAAACGGGCGGCGGCCUCCAGAGAUGACUCGCAUCAGACAAGGGGAUUCUGCGAUAAGGUGAAGAAAAUGCAGCGUUUCUUUGGCUUGACUCCAGACGGAAAACUCAGUCAGGAGACUCUGACUGUGAUGAAGAAGCCACGCUGUGGGCUGUCGGACGUGGAGCCUCACGGGGCCACAGUGAGGUGGACAAAACGGACCAUCAGUUACAGGAUUGCUGGUGAAAAUCUGCCUUUCCCAGCCAGUAGGACUCUCAAAGCCAUCAGGACAGCGCUGAAGCUGUGGUCCAGCGUUUCCCUCAUUAGAUUCCGCAGGAGGGAAGCAAAAGAGGCUGACGUUAGCAUUGCUUUUGUCAGCGGAGCAGACCACGGCGAUGGAUCUCCUUUCUCUGGCAAAGGGGGAGCUCUGGCUCACGCCUUCCUCCCUGGUUUGGGAAUCGGAGGAGACGUGCACUUUGACUCUGCGGAGGAAUGGACCUUAAAUUCUACUGGUAUCAGCCUGCCUGUUGUUGCAGCUCACGAAUUCGGCCAUGCUCUUGGUCUCUCCCACUCACCUGACCCCGGAUCCAUCAUGUACCCGGCUUACAACUUUGCACCCAGUUUGGAGCUCUCCUUUGACGACGUGAAGAGCAUCCAGCACCUUUACGGUGAAAACCCCAACUUCCAUCUACAGUCACUAAAAAGGCCUCCACCGAAAACCCCUGACAAAUGCGAUCCAGAUCUGUCCUUUGAUGCUGUGACCGAAUUACAACAGGAGGUGGUGUUUUUCAAAGACAGAUUCAUGUGGCGAAAACAUCCCAGUUUUGUUGAAACGCGCAUCACCCUCAUCAGCAACCUGUGGUCAAACUCUGUACCGUCUCACCUGGAUGCCGUGUAUGAGAACGUGGAGAAAAACUUUAUUUUAUUUUUCAAAGGUGAUCAGUACUGGAAAGUGCAGCAGUUGAUUCUACAGGAAGGUUUUCCCAGAAACAUCUCAGACCUGGGCUUCCCCUCCAGAAUAAAGUCGGUGGAUGCUGCUCUGCACUUCAGAGACGAUCGCUACACCGUGUUCUUCACCGGCCAUGAGUGUUGGAGGUACAAUGAAUUGCGGGCCGUGAUGGAGGGAUCACCAAUGCUCAUCGAGCAACACUGGCUGGAAAUCCCAUUCCCUAUAGACGCUGCUGUCUACUACGAGGGAUUUGUGAACUUCUUCAAGGGAAACAAGCAAUAUAAAUACGACUUUGGCCAGAACCGCGUUGUCUCCGUCAGCAGCGCUAAUGACCUAAUGGACUGCGAGAUGGGAAAGAGCAACAAGCACGCACUCUGAUGAUGAAACGGCCUGAUGAUGACAUUCUUUCAUAUAGUCACAUAUAUACAGUGUAUAACCACAGGGAACCGGCUCUCUCCGGCAGUAACUACAGUAUUUGUGACACUGGGAACUAAUACUACAGGGAAGUGGUUGAAAGCCAUACCGCAGUGUGUAAUAGUGUUGAAAGAAAGGAAAUGUAUACCAUCUGUCAAAGCCAUGUACAAUUUAAAAGAUGUUUAUUUAAUUUUUCUACUUUAAGUGUGUUUUUUUUUAAGAUUUGCAACAAAUAUUGAAUGAAAUGAAUGACAGUAAUGCAUGUAUUAGAUAUGUUUUUCUAAACAAAAAGAGAUCUACAUGUAUCUGGGUGUCCUUGAGCAUGUCGCUUCACCCACCUUGUUGGUGGUGGUCAUGAAGGCAGCCUCGCUGCUGUCGGACUGCCACAGGGCAGCUGUGGCUACAGUCCAGUAGCUUACCAUCACCAGCAUGUAAAUAUGAUCUUUAAGAUCUCAAUUUGAUGAAAGGGGCAUUAUAAAUAAAAUAAUUUAUUCUUCUUCUUUCUGAAACUGACUUUGUGGUCUGUAACCUGGAGUACAGAAAUGCCUCAUGUCUGGUACAUAUUUUUAUGAAUAAAACAAUAACAUAUGGUUUCAUAUUCUA